CAGACGCCGGGUUCUUUAGGCUUUGAGCUUUGUUUCAAACGGUAUUUCAUGGUCUUACAUACUUCUUUGUAGUAAUCUUUCGUUUUCGGAAAUGUUUAAACAAAUUGAUAUUUGAUGUGAAUUUACUUAAGACUUCAUGUGGAAAUUAUAUUUGAUGAAUAUUUCUAAAUCGAUGUGUGAACUCUGGAGUUGAUGAAAAAUAGUGUUCUAAUUUUUUUUUAAAUUUAAAAUGUCAUCGUUUAGAAAUUAUAACGAUUUGAUUACGUAUAGACCUAAAAGCAGCAGUACAAGCGUUAAUAUUUCAUUGCUUCGAAAUCAUACUGCUGCAGGAACAAGUUCUAACAGUACUGGAGCAGGCUAUCGACUCAAUUAUUCAAAUAUUGGCUCUAGCAGUCGAUCAUCAGUGACUUCUGCAGUUAGUAAAGACAGAAUCAUAACUGGAUCCACUUCAUCUGUUUACCGAAACUCUUUUUUAAAACGUGAUCAUAGCAACGAGGAUAAGUCGCUUUACAAAUAUUCCAAUUUAAAAUCAAACAGUAGAAGCCGUUUAAACUUUGGAAAAAGUAAUUGUGAUGAUAGUGUUCAAGGAAAAAGUAGUGAAAAAUCGUCACUUGUUGAUAAAUACUCUUAUCCUGAAAGAAAAUCAAAUGAAAGAGUUUCUUCAGUUCUCAAUAAAUAUGGUAAUAGAAUUACUUUGGGAGAAAAGAGUAGAGAGCCUGAAAUAACAACUAGGUAUGGCUUGGACACGAAUCGAAGAUCAAUGUUAAGGGAGAACCAUGAGAAUGAAACGAAAGUUGAAGAAACGAAGAAAGAGCACACAGAUCACUCGGUAGUUUCUUGCAAGCCUUUGCCUACCUCUGAAACAACUCCAUCCAGAAGUUCUCGUGAGCCAAGUCCCGAAAUUAACAGGACAAAGGCGAGUUCCUGCAAAGUUCAUAGUAGAAUUUCGGAUUAUGGAAGGAGUGCAACUCCAACUGAAAUUCCGACAACUUUAAAGUUUACCAACUCCUCUCCACUUGCAUCAUCCGUCAAUAGCGCGACAUCACAAAAAACAGAAUCAUCUUCUGGCCACUUUACAUCAGAAAGACUGUCUUCAUUCGACACAAAAACUAUUGCACUUAAUCCUGAUGAAAAAUGUAACAAGACAACUACUGAUGAGGUAAACAUCAGUGAGCUAAAUUUGGAUGUAAAAACGACAGAAAUUGAAGACAAAAAGAAUAAUAAAAAGAUAAAGGAUCAAGAGAAUGUCAAACAAAUUACUGUGACUGUCGUUUCGCGAGCAACUUCGCCAAGUCCUCCGGCAUCUUCAUCCUUCAUUCGAACUAGACGUGCUGAUGUUGCUCGAACAAUUCAGAAAGAGAUUACAAAGGUUAAUAAAAGGAUUGAAACAAAGAACGUUGAAGUGCAAAGCGAUAGAAUGGAUGAUACCGCGAGAUAUUCAAGGUUUGCUAGUGGAACAAGAAUGUCACCUUGGCCUUCAUACCUCGAUAAAUUUCAAACUUCCGGAUCUUACUCACGAAGUUAUGAUUCUUCUAGUAAAACCAACAAUUUUGGCUACAAUCGACGUAGUGAUGACAGAUCAAGUUUAUCACGUCAUGAAACUACUACUACUACUGCUACUACCAUCAGCCAAUCUAAUAAAAAUAUUCAUUCAAACCUUGAACCGUCAGACACUCUAGUGAGUUUAACACAAAAUGACAUUAAAACAGAAAAUGUGGUUGAUCAUAGAAUAUCUCCUAGUGAGAAAGAAAAUAGUUUACAAAAAAAAGAAAAUUCUAUAUCAAUAUCAUCAGCAUCAUCUUCGUCAUCACCAUCAUUAUCGUUGUGCAGACAGUUUUCUUCACGUUCAGAUGGCGUAACAACUCCCAACGAGAGUAAAUCUAUAACUCGUAAUAGUUCUAUGAAAAGCUUAAAGCAGCAACGUCAAAUAACACGGACCAGCUCAUCCAGUAGUUCCGCUGUCACUAUGCCAAGUGGCAAAUCUAAGUCAGCGUCAGCUGGUUCGUUGACGAAUCAAAGUAUAAAAAUAAAAACAACGCCAUCUCCAUCGUCGCAGCAGUUGCACUCGAAAGUCGCCAGUGAUGGUGGCACUUCGUCAUCAAUAUCUGUUAAUACGAAACAGUGUAGUUCAUUAAACGCACGUGGAAAGCCUCCUGUACCGAAGACUAGUGAUUGCAAUUCAACCAUGAAGACUGCACCGGUUACAAAAUACGUUAAUAAAGACUUUAGAAAGUCAGCUUUAAAUAUGUCUGAUGCCGGGGAUAUUACGAGAACAAAGUACCAUAGAAAGCGAACAAAAAGUAGUCAAAGAAGUUUGUCUGUAAGUUCACAAGAGUCUGAAUCAAAAGAUAAUGAAUUAAGUUCUGCAAGAACAUCGUCAAAUACUUGUAAAUCUAGUCAUAUACCUAGAAUGUCUAAUAAUUCACCUAAAAGUAGAUCUAAUAAUAAUCUUUCAAUAUCAAAUUUAGUUAAUUUUCAAGCAUCUAGAAGUAAUUCAGAAUCUCCACCUCGAAGAAAAAAUAGUGCAUGUUCAACAGCGUCAGCGUCAGAAAAAAGCAGUGAACUAAGCACUUCUGAUUCCUCUACAAGUGAAAACGGAGACGAAAUGAGAUUAGAAAAAAAUAGACAACGACGUCGAAGAAGAAGAAAAUGCAGUAAAAUAUCAACUUCUCCAAGAGUUGAAAGAAAAAGAGAAAUAAGUCUAAGCUCGUCAAGAACUAGUGUUUUUGCUUUAUCUACUGAUGAAUUAUCUUUAAUGACUGACAAAUCACAUCAAACUUAUUUUAAUCCUCAUAAUUCGCCAAGUGAUAAAUUAACUCAAUCAGAAGAGGCUAAACUGAUGAUGAUAAAAACCUCAACUCCAUCGAGUCUCAAAUCUAGUGAUCAUGAAAUAAAAUCAAACAAUCGAUUAAAUCAAAUAUGUAUAAAGAGUGUGAGGUUCCAAAACGUCAAUUUUCCGGAGACAGGUCGUGGUUGGCGGAUUCAAACUCAGAUAAUCCUUCAAAAGAGAUGGAGCAGGGAUAUAUUUACCAAGAUGAGAUCAGUCAAGAGACAACAGUUAGUGUUAAUCUUCCAGAUGAUGGGAAAUAUAGCGCUAAAUUAUGUAGACAAGACUCUGGGGAACAAGCGUGGUGGUUGAACCAAGAUGACACAUCUAAAAGAGAGCCUUUAAGCUCUUCUGUUUCUAAGAAAAAAAAUUCAAGCAAAACGAGUUGUGUAACGAACGAUCAUAAAAAUCGUUUGAAACAUCAGCAAUCUGGUGAACGUGCUUGGUGGAU